AUGGCGUUCGCAAAGCUUUCGAACGAGCUGGUCGAGCUUGUCUUCCGGCACGCGCCCGAUGGACCGUCUUAUCGCUCCGACCGCUCGACUUUGCAGGCGCUGAGCCGCGUUUGCUCCCGUUUCCGCCCCAUCGCGCGGAGGCUCCUCUUCGCCCGCAUUGUCGUAGGCACGCCAAAGGAAGGCCAGCUUCUCCUGCAGACCCUCGCUCGCAACCGCGACCUCGCAGCCUGCGUGCGGUCCUUGACGAUUCGCGAAGGCGCCUUUACGCGGAUGACGACUUUCUCCGACAUCUCGCAAGACGACCUGCUUCGGCUCUGCCCGAACCUCGUCCACUUCGACUCGCCUGUCUCGUCGUGGAACGAAACCGCCGAUGGUCGCGCUCCCUUGCCGGCUUGGACAGCGAGUCUGACGUCUCUGCGCUUCGGACGGAUCCCCGAAUUCGAGUUCGAGAGCGAGGACGACUUCAGCGACAUGAGUGCGGCAGACCGGCAGCUUCUCCUCAAAAUCUCCGGUGUGGAGCACUUCGCCAGUGUCUGGAGCGGAGGCUCGAAUUCGCAACAUCUGAAGCACCUCGAGCGCCUCGAACUGGACUUCGUGACCGUCCCUUUCGAAGUGAUCGACUGGCUCACCAGCUCCUGCCGUCUCGUCGAGCUCAAGAUCUGGAUUGUCACCGACCCGUCGUCCGGUUCGCUCGAGAAGAUUGUCAAGGCGCAGGCAGGGAGCCUGCGGUCCUUCCACUUCAAGCCUGUCCACCGGUCGCAGGCUGCCUUCCUCAACGACGUCCUGCCACUCCUCACCAACCUCGAACGCGUUACGCUCGGUAACCACGCCUGCGACCAUACCGUCUGGGCCAAGCUGCCGCGCAGCCUCACCCAUCUUUGCGUCGCGCUUCCGAACAGCCACAUCGAUGCCCGCCUCAAGCUCGUCGCCGACAUGAUCACGAAGCGCCUCCGGAACCUGCAGCGCCUCGAGUUGUACUCGCACGUCUACUUCCCGCCGCCCAUCGAGGUCGUCUACCCUCCGAAUGAGUCGGGCCUCGCCAUUCGCGAGAUCCGCCUCUCACACAUCGUCACCACGACCGAGGAUAUGUCGAACUUCUUCCUCCAGCUCGCCCCCGGCCUCUACACGCUGACGCUACACUACGUCCGCUUCCGAGCCCAGGCGCCGUGGCCGCAAUUCAAGUCGCUCCGCCGACUCGAAUACGGCAAGCACACGAUUACGGAGAACGACGAGUUCUUCCACCUCAUUAAGGCGAGCGUCCACUCCGUCCGCAUGCACGUCGAAGCGGGCGGCCAAGUUCAGACGCUCCUCGAUGCGAUUGAGCGACGCUCGUCGCACAAGCUCGAGCCCUUGCGCACUCUCGAUAAUGUAUCAGGCGACUGGGCGUCGGGCAAGCUCUUCGACCAGCUGGUCUCGGCGUGUGCGAAGGCCGGCACGCAGCUGUACAUGAAUGGGAGGACGAUUGGGACGCUGGUCGGUAUGUGGACGGCGCUGCAGUCCCCGAUGUUGCGGGCCGAGUUCGUAUGA